UCUUAUCACAACUUACUUAAGCAAUGUAUCGACAAGUUUGUGUUUUAAAAAGUGGUCAUAGCCAGCCAUGGCGUUCUAUUUCUCAAAACACAGAAAAGAUUUUGAAUGGAAAUACUACUCGAAAUAAGGAAUGGCAAGAGGCCAAGCCGUUCAAAGCGAUCCCAGGUCCAACACAAUAUCAACUUAUUCGAAGCUUUUUCCCAGGCGGAAUGUUUUACAAACUACCAGUUAAUGAUUACCUUCUUAAAACCCGUGAGAUGUAUGGUGAUUUGUAUGUUCUACCCGGAUUUCUGGGAAGACAAAAAUGGUUGAUGGCAUUCAAUGCUGAUGACUUUCUUCCCGUGUUGCGAUCUGAAGGCAUUUGGCCUUAUAGGCGGGGACUAGAAACAAUGAAUUAUUAUAGGACCGUUCAUAGAAAAGAUGCAUUCGAAGAUAGUGUUGGACUUGUAGGAACAAACGGAGAAGAUUGGGGAAAAUUACGGAGCACGCUCAAUCCAAUUUUAAUGCAACCUAAAAACGCCAAAUUGUACCUUAACAAUAUGUUAGAAGUCAGUGACGAAUUUCUUGAAAGAAUUCGAGAAAUUCGUGAUCCAAAAACAUUAGAAAUGCCCGAAACAUUCGAAGAUGAAAUCAAGCGAUUAACAUUUGAAUCAGUUGCUGUGAUUGCACUAAAUCGUCAACUUGGUCUAAUUCGCAGAAAUCGAAAUGAUAAAGAAGCCAAAUUAUUGUUUGACAGUCUUCGAAGCUUUUUUGACUUAUCACUUAUGUUAGACUUUGGUCUGCCAAUAUGGAAAUACUAUAAAACAAAACAAUUUUAUCAGCAAAUGAAGAACUACGAUGUGAUUAGAGAAAUCUGCACAAAAUACGUAAACGAAGCACUUGAUAGAAUUGAAAAUGACAAAACUCCAAGAAAAGAUAACGAAGAAAAAAGUGUUUUGGAGAAAUUGCUGAAAGUUGAUAGAAAUGUAGCAAAAGUUAUUGCUACUGAUCUAAUUACUGGAGGUGUUGAUACAACAAGUAGUACUUUGGCUGGAAUUUUGCUUUGCAUUGCUAAAAAUCCAGAUAAACAGGAGAAACUUCGUCAAGAAAUUUGCACAAUUCUGCCACAGAAAGAUUCUCUUCUAACAAUUGACAACAUGAAGAAUCUACCAUACCUUCGAGCUAGCAUUAAAGAAGGUAUGAGAAUUUAUCCAAUAGCGACGGGAACAGUACGGACAAAUCAAGGGGAUAUUGUCAUGAGUGGCUAUCAGAUUCCAAAAGGUCAAGAAAUUGUUUUAAAUCAUAAUUUUCUUAUGAAUACUGAGCAGUAUUGCCCAAAGGCCAAGGAAUUUAUUCCAGAAAGAUGGCUGCGAAGUGAAGAUUCUGAGUAUGCUCCAAUGCAUUCGUUCUUGUUCAUGCCAUUCAGCCAUGGACCAAGAAGUUGUGUGGGAAAGAGAAUUGUCGAAAUGGAGUUGGAAAUUACGAUUGCAAGACUUGUUAGAAAUUUUCAUAUUGAAUUUAAUUAUUCUACAGAAAAUGCAUUUAAGAACCAAUUGAUAAAUGUACCCGCUAUACCUCUCAAAUUUAAAUUCAGUGAUAUUCAGCAAUAGUGUAGUAAUUUUUAAAAAGCUUAUAUUAGCAAAUAAAAAUUUAGUCAAAUUUUUGUAAGUCA